AAGCGUCCUACGCCCAAAAUGGCGGCAUGAUUGAAAAGUUUGGUGGUGUUUUUGUUCUAGUUUGAAGUUUAUUUUUUUUUUACUUUUUACUGCUUUAGUUCUUACACAAUACCGGGUCUGACGUGAAGAACGAAGGCUUCUUUCUUAGUAUAUUGCCGUAAAUGAGUGAUAAUAAGUGAUGGUGCGGUUUUGUUCCAGCUUGUAGAGUUUCCGAGCGGGGAUCACUGCUCAGAUUAACGUUACUGGGAGAGAGAGACCAGUGAUUACUGAAGCUGCGCGAUUUUUCAAGCCCCGAUAGUCUCAUCUAUCCAAUUAAACAUGAAUCGCACUUGUACAUAGAGAUGGGGGAUGAUGAAAAGAAAAUUAAAAAGCCGGGUAUCGUGUCUCCAUUUAAGCGUGUGUUUCUGAAGGGGGAGAAAGGGAGAGAUAAGAAAGCUCAGGAGAAGUGCACCGAACGACGGGCUCUUCACACCUUUUCACUCUCUGUCCCUGACCACCGGAUUGACCCAGACAUCCUGCUCAACGAUUACAUUGAAAAAGAGGUUAAGUAUCUGGGGCAGCUGACCUCAGUCCCAGGAUACCUCAAUCCCUCUAGCCGCACUGAGGUUUUACAACUGAUUGACAAUGCCAGGAAAUCUCACCAGCUGGCAGGUCAGCUGACAUCGGAGCAAGAUGCUGUGGUCAGCCUGUCCGCUUACAACAUCAAGCUGGUGUGGCGUGAUGGAGAGGACAUCAUCCUUAGAGUACCUAUCCAUGACAUCGCUGCUGUUUCCUACAUUCGAGAUGACUCCUUACACCUGGUGAUUUUGAAAACAGCCCAAGAGCCUGGAGGCUCACCUUGUCCCAGCACAUGUCCGGAGCUGUCGAAGUCACCUACUCUGAGCUCUUUGUCCGAGAGUGGAGCUGUGGACGUCUGCUGCCUGCUCGUGCUGGCCGUCGAGAAUAAGGCAGCAGCGGAGGAACUGUGUCUGCUCCUCAGUCAGGUCUUUCAGAUAGUCUACACGGAAUCUACUAUCGACUUCCUGGACAGAACCAUCGACUUUCUCGAUGGAGCUACAACGCCCACUCGGCAUCUGUCCCUCUACAGCGAUGACUCCUCAAGUAAGGAUGUUAAAGAGCCAUUUGAAGGAGGCCCAGGCUCGUUCGUGUUUCAGAGCUCAUUAGAGGCAGCAGGACAUUCUCCGUGUUCAUCACCAUCAUCCACACCAGCAUCACCACAAGAUAAAACCGCCAGUGAGAGUGAACUAAGCACAACAGCAGCAGAGCUGCUCCAGGACUACAUGACUACGUUGAGAACAAAAUUGUCCUCUCAGGAGAUUCAGCAGUUUGCCACACAUUUGCAUGAGUACAGAAACGGUGCCUCCAUUCACGAGUUCUGUAUCAACUUGAGACAGCUCUAUGGAGACAGCAGGAAGUUCCUCCUACUGGGCCUUAGGCCCUUCAUCCCAGAGAAGGACAGUCAGCACUUUGAGAACUUCCUAGAAACCAUCGGCGUGAAGGAUGGUCGUGGCAUCAUCACUGACAGCUUCGGCCGUUACAGACGUACAGCCAGUUCAGCUUCUGAUUCAACCACCAAUGGCAACGGGGCAGCAGGAGGAUCAGAUGAAGGGACAGUGUCCUCUGAGGGUGAUGAGUGGGACCGCAUGAUCUCAGACAUCAGCAAUGACAUCGAGGCAUUAGGGUGCAGUAUGGACCAGGAUGGUGUAUCAACCUGAUGGACAAAAAAACUAUAUGCUUUAGCCCACUGUCUCCACAUGAUAUACUGACUGUUACAUAGUCCACUGGUCCAAGUCAAAUGAUGCUGGAAUGUCAAUACUAUGGCACCUCAGUCUAAUCCUGGCUUUUAUGUAUUGUUGUGACCACAUUUCAGUCAUUCAACUGGAUGAUGGUGCUUUUCGAGACACUUGAAGUGCGUGUGGACAUUCUGUAACUGUGCAUGCCACAGAUGAUGCUUUCAUGAGUGUUUAUUGGCAGUAUCUGCUAUCAGUAAUAAGACAGUAAGUAUUUAGGCUGAUCUGAGACCAGCGUUUAGGUUUCUUUUAUGAAGGUGUUAGGAUAAUAGCAGGAUUUGAAACUCCAUUUUAUUUCUCGAACAUUCACGUUUAAGAAUAAUGCAAAAAAAAAAAAGCAAAAUAAUUGGUAAAAUGGUAAUACUGUGACUUCUGAGACGUAAGGAGAAGUGGAAAUGCUAUAUUUUUAUGAAGCACAUUUAAAAUGAUUCAUAUUAGUUUGAGGAUUCUGAGAUAAAUCACAUGGAUUUCACUGUGAUAUCAAGGCAGACAUUUGGAUAUAUUCAGUAUCAAAUGCAGAUUUUUAGAAAAAUGGUUCUAUCUUUACAGCAUGUGUGUUUUGGGGGGUGGGCUGGUGCUGACAAAACCAGAACAUAAAGGCAUUAUAAAAGAUCAGGGUUACAGAGAGAUGUUUAUACCUGCACAUGUUAGCAGCAUUAUGACCCUCAAAUCUCAACUACACGAUAAUAUUGUGAGAUUAAUAAAUUGGGUGUCUGCCUGAAGUAUAGCCAAGGGCCGUUCUCAGAUUCAGUUCAGGUAUCAAUAAGCAGUUUAACUUGACUUCCAAUCCAUCAAGUGUUUCUAUUUUUUUUCAGUAUAUUAACUGUUUGAUGUGUUAUUCUAAUUUUUACUGCAUAACAUUUUAAGCACAUUUUUUACUAUUACAUUUUUACAACUAGUGCUAGUUGUAAUUACCCCAUGAUUGAUUUGCAGUGCAGAUUUGUUGGUUUUGGGCUGACAACUUGGAGUUUUCAGAUAUUUGACAAGGCCAACUGGCUGCCUGAUGGCGUUCAUUGUUUUGUUACAUUGCAGAGCAAAUAUGUCUUGUUAUAUGUUGUAGCCUCUUCUGAGUUUUUGGUAGCCUGACAUUGUGCCUUGCAGAACAACUGCUUAUUAUAUCAUCCAACAGGGAUGUAAGAAUCAUUCUGUAAUCUGUACAGACUGUGACCAAGGAGUUGUAUUAAAUAUUAUGUUUAGUAUUCA